CGGGGCAGCGGUGAGCAGCCCGCGGAGGAGCCGUUCGCCAUGGCGCCGGCGCCGGCGCUGCCGCUGCUGGUGCUGUGGUCCGGCCUGCUGGGCCCAGGCCUGGGCGGAUGGCCGCCGGGUUUUCAGCAGACCUCACUUCUGUCUUCCUAUGAAAUUAUAACUCCAUGGAGGUUAACAAGAGAACGAAGAGAAGCACCCAGGCUUCACUCAACAAAGGACAAGGUGUCUUAUGUCAUUCAGAGAGAAGGAAGGAAGCAUGUUAUUCACUUGGAAAGGAAUAAAGAACUAUUGCCCAAAGAUUUUGUAGUUUAUACCUACAGCAAGGAGGGGGCUCUGCUCUCUGACUAUCCUGUUCUGCAGGAUCAUUGUCAUUAUCGAGGCUAUGUGGAGGGAGUCCCUAAUUCAGCUGUGGCUCUCAGCACAUGCUCUGGACUCAGGGGAUUGUUGCACUUCGAGAAUACCAGCUAUGGGAUUGAACCCUUAGAAUCCUCUUCAGGUUUGGAACAUCUCCUUUAUCCUUUGGAGAAUGUUCAGAGUGAGCCUGUAAUGUGUGGUGUAACUAAUAAGGAUCCAGAAAAAGAAAACAGGAAGAACGAAAAGGAGGAGGACCUGCAGAAACAGCCUCCUAGUAUGACCCAGCUGCUACGUAAAAGAAGAGCUAUCCUUCCCCAGACCAGAUACGUGGAACUGUUUUUAGUCGUGGACAAAGAAAGGUAUGACAUUAUGGGGAGGAAUCAGACUGCUGUGAGGGAAGAGAUGGUUCAUUUAGCAAACUACCUGGAUAGCAUGUACAUUAUGUUAAAUAUUCGCAUUGUGCUGGUUGGUCUAGAGAUUUGGACACAUUCAAACCCAAUUAGUAUAGUUGGGAGCGCUGGAGAUGUGUUGGGAAACUUUGUGCAGUGGCGGGAGAAGAAUCUCAUCACACGUCGGAGACAUGACAGCGCACAGUUAGUUCUGAGGAAGGAAUUUAGAGGGACUGCAGGGAUGGCCUUUGUGGGAACAGUGUGUUCAAGGAGCCAUGCAGGCGGGAUCAAUGUGUUUAUGCAUAGCAGGGUGGAGAUGUUUGCGUCCAUCGUUGCUCACGAGCUGGGCCAUAACUUGGGGAUGAACCAUGAUGACGAGAGGACCUGUUCUUGUGCAGCAAGCAGCUGUAUCAUGAAUUCUGGGGCAACGGGUUCCAGAAAUUUUAGCAGUUGCAGUGCAGAUGACUUUGAGAAGUUAACUUUAAACAAAGGAGGAAGCUGCCUGCUCAAUAUUCCCAAACCUGAUGAAUCUUACAGUGCUCCAUUCUGUGGCAAUAAGCUAGUGGAUCCUGGGGAAGAGUGUGACUGUGGUUCUCCAAAGGAAUGUGAAUUGGACCCUUGCUGCGAAAAAAACUGUAAGCUUCGAUCAGGUGCUGACUGUGCCUAUGGGGACUGUUGUCACAAGUGUCGGUUCCUUCCAGGAGGCACAGUGUGUCGAGCAAGCGCCAAUGAAUGUGAUCUUCCAGAGUACUGCAAUGGCUCAUCUCAGUUUUGUCAGCAGGAUGUUUCAGUUCAGAAUGGCUACCAAUGUCAGAACAAUAAAGCUUAUUGUUACAAUGGCAUGUGCCAAUCAUACGAUGCUCAAUGUCAGGCCAUCUUUGGAUCAAAAGCAAAAGCUGCCCCAAAGAAUUGUUUCAUUGAAGUGAAUUCUCAAGGUGACAGAUUUGGUCACUGCGGUUACUAUGGCAAUGAAUACAAGAAGUGUGCUACUGGGAAUGCCAUGUGCGGGAAGCUUCAGUGUGAGAAUGUUCAGAGUAUGCCAGUAUUUGGGAUCGAGCCUGCCCUUAUCCAAACCACCAUUGGAGGCACCAAAUGUUGGGGUGUGGACUUUAAGCUAGGAUCAGAUGUUCCGGAUCCUGGGAUGGUGAAUGAAGGCACACAGUGUGAAAAUGGAAAGAUCUGCAGGAGCUUCCAGUGUGUAGAUGCCUCUGUUCUGAAUUAUGACUGUGAUAUCGAAAAGAAAUGCAGUGGACAUGGGGUGUGUAACAGCAACAAGAACUGUCAUUGUAGCAAAGGGUGGGCCCCUCCAAACUGUGAGAAAGAAGGAUAUGGAGGAAGCGUCGACAGUGGACCUACUUUCAAUGACAAGGACACCUCAUUGAGGGAUGGACUGCUGGUGUUCUUUUUCCUGAUUGUUCCCCUUUCUUUGACUGUUGCCUUUAUCUUUGUGAAGAGGGAUCAGUUAAGGAGAAGAUUCUUCAGAAGGAAAAGAUCACAAACCAAUGAGUCAGAAGGAAAAGAUCAACUUAAUAUUCCUAGGCAAGCAGUAAAUGCUCCCCGAAAUGUCCCUCCGAAGACUUCCCCCAGACCAGCACCUAUGCAAACAAACAGAUAUCCAGUACCGACAUACGCAGUGAACCAGCCUCAGCAAUUCCCAUUAAGGCCUCCACCACCACCACAGCAGAAAGUAUCAUCUCAGGGAAAUAUUCUUCCUGCUCGCCCUGCACCUGCACCACCAGGAUCCAAUAUGUUUUUCACCGUCACCUAGCCGACUUUGGUGAAUUGUGUGUCAAUCAUCUUUUUCUUCUUUGUGUCAUGUUGGAAAACCUCUCUCCUUCCACAGUUAUGGAUGGAAAAAGGAAUUAGGAUGCAUCGAGCCUAUCGGCGGGAACGGAGGAAAAAUAUGAGUAAAUGAAAGUUCAGAAACUAUAGGCUCUACCACGAUACAAAUCAUCUAAGAGUUUGCUGUAAAUCUUACAAUAACACGGGAUUCUCAGAGUAACAAAUUUUGAUUCCGGUAAUCAAUCAAGUCUUUCAGGUCUUUGGAGAACUGUGACAUUGUGAACUAAAGCGCAUUUCAAGAUUCUGAAAAAGUCAGAGGAAUGAUCCCCAAAAUUAGCUGGAUUUUUUUUCCCAUUCCACACUUUAAAUAUGAUUUUGAAAUGCUCAGCAUGAUUAUUAAAAAUCAACAUUUGUGCAACAGAGGUUAAACUGUAAUGUAAAGCUGAGUAAUCAGUCAAUCAGAGCACUGUACUAAGCGCUUGGGAGAGUACAAUACAACAAUAUAACAGACACAUUCCAUGCCCACCAUGAGUUUACAAUCUGGAGGGAUGAAAACUAGGUGAACUACUACCAAAAUCAUUAGCUUAUUUCCUUAUCUUCCAUAUAUUGGUAAUUAUUACCAUUGUGCUGUUGAGCACAAAGGAAAAAAUCACAAUAUUUUCUGAAAAGAAGUAUAACAUACAUAUAUAUUAUAGACUUAUGUAUGAUGUGUGUGUUUGUGUAUAGAUAUGUACUUCUUUUAUCAUCCUAAUUUCAUAUUGCUAUUGGACUGUAGACAAUGGACAAUAGAGAAAUUAAUUUAAAUAUAAAUGGAAAAAACAACAAAUGGAUCAUUUUAAAUGCUUGCUAGAUUGGUGAUCUUUUAUAAUAGCAUAAGUCUUUUUAAUGUCUACAAAAGUGAAGGUACGGCAUAUAAUCUUUACUAAUAAUCAGUCAGGGAUACUGUUGGAUUAUGUUCAACAUAAGUGAGGAAGCAGGAAUUCUGCAGUAUUUUGGGAGGCGUAAUGAGUUACAAAGCUACUUGAGAGUAUCAUGAGCACUUUAUAACCCAGAAAGUCUAAUGUAAGUACAAUAAUUUUCACGUAAUGAGACUGAUUGUUUUCCAAUUUUGCUGAUACUGUCAGCUAGAAUGUUUACAAUUAGUUGUGUUAGAGCAUAUCAUAUAGUUGAUCUCCUUUGUUUUUGUACCACUGAUUUUUAUUAUUAGGUGGUAAACUGUGAGGGUGGAAAAAGCACUUAUCUUGGAUGGGCACAUAAAAUGAGUUUAAAGGCUCACCAAUGGCUAAAGUUCCUCAGUAUGGCGAAUGCUCAAUGUAGUAUGACUGUGGCAUUGUUGGUGCAGCCCCAUGUGUACCAAGUGAAAUGAAAACAUUGCUAACCUCCCGAAUUCCUCAUUUUGUCAGCUUCUUAGGAAAAAAAUGUUUUAUUAACUGAAUUUUCAAAUUUUCCAAUUGUGUCUAUUUCUACAUAGAAAAUUUAGCAUUUGUAGUAAUAAAAGACUCAAAAUACUGUGGUUAACAAUAAAUUUACCGUAUAAUUAUUUAUAACACUGUUCACUAAUGUUGUUAGGACACUGCAAAAGCUUUUUCGAGAUUCUCUUGCUGAUUUCAAAACAGUUUUUGGCUUAUUGCUUAAGUAGAAUCUGUAUUAUAUAGAGAUACAGCCUCCUUGUUAUGUCAUAGACUGUAUUCCAGUUCUCCAAAGAGAGUUUUUCCUUUGUGAAUGGAUAUCAGGAAGAUAGCAAAUUGUGAGAAUUCCAAAGGAAGGUCUGCUUGUUUUAAAUUUGACUGCAUAUGUUUAGACAGAUAUUAAAAUGUGUGCCUUUCACUAUUGUAACCUCAAUUUUUGCACUUGCAGUGCAUGCUGAAGAGAUGGUUUAGGCAUACUGUAUUUGCCAUAGACCUUUUGAUUCUUGGAAGUACAGUAAUUAUUUGACUCUCUGAACUCUUGAGAAUAUGGAAUGUAACUACUGAUUUUACACUUGUGUUGUCAUUUAAGCAAUCUGAACUCUGAUCUGUCUUGUUUUGCACUCAAAAGUUGUGUCAUCUCAUUUUGCUUUAUUCUGAAAAUUGAAAUGUUUCUCUGACACAAAUGCCACUUUUAAAAAUGGAAGAUAUUAAAGGGCUUUCUAUUAAAUUUGUUUUUUCAAACACUAAAAUCAAAUAAAGACGAUGAUUUUGUA